CAUCGUUCAUGCCAGACAUCGAAGUUCUGCAUGAGGACGCUGGAGCGGCUACAAAAACCGUUUCGUCUGCCGCCGGCGUUCUCCAAGGGAAAAAUUCUGAAGCUGCAGGUGCAAAAACUGGAGCAGGAACUACAACAGUAUCGCAGGAAACUGACAACCAUCAUCUCGGGGAUGCACCAGAAGUACCACGAGCAAUCGUCGAUCUCGCAAGGACGCCCGAGGAGUCACAACUCAUCCAGGAACGCGAAUUGGCGGAGACCUUGGCCAGAGAGCUCGAUAAGGGGCUCCUUUCAUCCGGCGGCCGCAAUAUUACCGGUGCGAUUAUACUGCCGACGCCCAGCAGAGAAGUUCUGGUUCCCGACGCACUUUCCAACUCCCGUGACACCUAUGAUGCGCCGGUGUAUCAGAAAAGCAGCACGGCGAACUCCCGUUCCCUGAGUGCGCGCACGUCUUUUCGGACGUUGAGUGACGGCUUGCCGGCUGUGGAUGUGGACUCGGACGAGAUCCAAAUCAUCAGCCCCAGUUCGGCCUUCCGCAGCUGCAUCGCUACACCGCACGGGCGACGGAGCUGCUUCGAGGACG